GGACCACGGUAUAUAGUGAGGACUUUGGUGAGGACUUGACGAGCGGACUGCUGAUUCGGGAGAUUCGGAAGACGACACUACAAUUGGCGACGAGGUAGUCGGACCAGACGUGAGGUAUGGAGGGAAUUCGUCCGCCCGCGGCAUUCUUACCUCUUCCAGGCCCGCCGGUGGUGCCGUGGAAUAACUGGUUUCCGGACUUCGAAGUUUAUGCCAUGGCCAUAGGUUGGUCAGCAUGGAGUCAGGAGAGGCAGCAGGCCUUGCUCCUGCACUGCCUUGGGCAGGAAGGGCGGAGACUGUUUAGGGCUGAGUGCCCAGGAGGUAUUGUGAAAACAGAGCCCUCUGACACCACUUUGGUUGAGGAUACAGUAGCUGUCUUAUGUCGUCUGUUUGUCAGUAAGACUGAUAUCAUCUCAGAGAGGAUAAAAUUCAGGAAGUGCAGACAGCAGGCUUCUUCUGUUCGUACCUACCUAGCCAAUCUGAGGGAAGGUAGUCAGAAGUGUGCAUUUGGUAACUUAGAAGAUGAAAUGAUAAGAGAUCAGUUUUUGGAAGGAUGUUCCUCUCAAAGGCUUAAGGAAAGACUGUGUCAGGAAGAAAACCUAACCCUGCAGCGUCUUGAAGUCAUCGCUCUCGCUGCUGAUCAGGCUGCUGACCGUCAACAAACUCUAGCUGGUAGGUCUCCGGAGCUGGGGGCAGAGGUCCUCAAGGAGGUGGCAGCGACUGAGAGGAGAGGCGGCUUCUCCACCCGGCGAGACUCAGAAGGCAAGAAACGACAGCAAGGUGAGAUGACCUGUUUUGCAUGUGGCCGUAAAGGACAUAAAGCCAAGAGUAAGGAGUGUCCAGCCAGGGUCAGGAAGUGUAACAAGUGUCAUGAGAAAGGGCAUUAUGCAGUCAUGUGCAAGCGUCAGGAGUCUUCGCAUGCCUGUGUGGUAGAAGUGUCGACUGUGCACCAUGUGCCCUCUCAAGUGCCUCGUCCCAUGAUGUCUGUUGGCAUUGAUGGAAUUCAGGUCCAGAUGUUGGUGGAUACAGGAUCGGGAGUGAGUCUGAUACCCAGCAGCUUGUAUCAGGAGCAGUUUGCGCACGUCCCUCUACAGAUGUCUUCCAUCAGGCUUCAGGGAUAUGGAGGACACCUUCUGCCUGUUCGUGGUAUGAUGACGGCCACAGUGUCCUCUGACAGGGGAUGUUCGACUGAGGGUACCUUGUUCGUGGUGGAGUCCCACAGUGUACCCCUGCUUGGCCGUGACCUACAGCAGCUGCUUAGUGUUACAGUCAAAGAUGGCAAUGUCGUCUGUGCGGUGGAGGGGGAGGAUGCAGAGGUUCUGCCCGCCAUACACGGCUUUGUCCACAGAGUCAAGGUGAAGGAGGGGGCCACUCCGGUCCGUCAGAAGCUGCGACCCCUGCCGCUGUCGGUCAGGGGUGAAGUGAAGGAGCACCUGGAGAAGCUGGAGAAGCAGGACGUCAUAGAGAGGGUGGACUCCUCUCCAUGGGUGUCACCUGUGGUGGUCACCCGGCGACGGACUGGUGGUAUCCGUCUCUGCUUGGACUUGAAGGAGGUGAACAAGAGCAUCAUCUCAAGUAAGCACCCCUUGCCUGACAUGCAAGAGAUGUUAGAUAAGCUCAGAGGAGCCAGAGUAUUUUCUUCACUAGACAUGAAGUCAGCAUUCAAUCAGUUGAUGCUUCACAAAGAGUCCCGUGACUUGACCGCUUUCAUGACGCACGAGGGUCUGUGGCGCUACAAACGGUGCUGUUUUGGACUGUCGUCCAUUCCAGCGGCAUUCCAGAAGGUCAUGGAAGCCGUCCUGACGGGUCUGCCAGGGGUGAUGGUGUACAUGGAUGACAUCAUUGUGUUUGGCAGGGAUGCACCAGAGCAUGAUGUCCGGCUGCAGCAAGUCCUCGCGCGACUGAACGCUCAUCGUAUCACCCUGAACGAGAAGAAGUGCUUGUUUGGUGUCCCCACACUUGACUUCCUCGGGUUGACAGUGAGCGCAGCUGGCAUCUCGGUCAGUGUUGAGAGGACGAGAGGGAUGACGGAGUUGACGUCACCGCGGACCAAGGCUGACCUCCAGUCAGCUCUGGGCCUUUUUGGCUUCUAUGCCAGGUUCGUGCAGGGCUACUCGUCGCUGGUGGAGCCUCUGCGCGCGCAACUUCGUUCGAGUGCAAGUCACGAGUUCGAGUGGUCUGAGGAACUGGAGCUGGUCUUCAGGAGGGUGAUCGCUCUGAUCACGUCCAGUUCUGCGCUUGCCAUGUUUGACCCCACCUUACCGACAGUGGUGACCACGGACGCGUCUGAUGUUGGUCUCGGUGGGGUGCUGAGCCAGAUCCACCCGGAAGGAGAGCGGGUCGUGGCGUUCGCAUCCGCUACCCUCUCCUCAGCACAGCGGAAGUAUUGUGCGACUGAGAAGGAGGCACUGGCUGCUCUAUGGGCUAUUGAACACUGGCAUCGGUACCUGUUUGGCAUUCACUUUACCCUCAGGACGGACCAUCAGGCGCUGCUGCGACUUCUCACGUCCAGAGGAGUCGGACGGGCAGGAAUGAGGAUCAGUCGCUGGGCCAGUCGCCUCCUCGUCUACGACUUCGAGAUCCGUCACGUGCCAGGCAAGUGUAACGUGGCUGACGGUCUCUCGCGUCUGCCGGCAGUGGGCGCGGAAGCGGCUCCAGACGACGAGGAGCAGCUGGUGGCGGAGAUAGCUGAACGGGUGGAGCGUCUCUCGGCAGUGAGCAGAGGCGAGCUCCGCGAGUCAGUUCAGACCGACCCUGUUCUCAGGAAGCUGAAGAGUCAGCUGGACGAAGGGUGGCCGGCAAGGAUUGCCAGCUGUCCUGACGACCUGAGACCGUUCUUCCGCUGCAGGCUGGAGCUGUCAACGGCUGACGGUCUCAUCUUCAAGGGCGACCGGAUCGUGGUUCCGGAGGAGCUGAGAAGGCGUCUUCUGGAUCUUGCUCAUGAGGGACAUCAAGGCACGGUAAGAACUAAGCAGCGCUUGAGGGAGCUGUUUUGGUGGCCCGGGAUGGACGCCAACGUUGAGUGUCUUGUGCGUCAAUGUGCUGCUUGCGCUACCGCUGACAAGACUGUCAAGGUGAAUGUGCCCCCACUGAACCCGGUGCCCCUGCCCCAGACGCCCUGGAGUAAAGUGGGCAUAGACUUCAUUGGACCGAUGGAGGGAGGUGGGGUGCAGAGACGUUUUGCUAUUGUCAUGGUCGAUUACUACUCAAAGUGGCCAGAGGUAGCAUUUUGUGCGCACCCCAACUCGGAGUCAGUGAUAGAGUUCAUGGAGGCUGUUGCGAGUCGAGAAGGAUACCCAGAAGAGCUAGUUUGUGACAACGGUACUGCAUUCACCUCUGCUGUCUUCACAGGCUACCUGAAAGAAGUGGGUGUGAGACAAAUCAGAGUGACUCCCUAUCACCCAAGGGGGGCGGGAGCAGUUGAGCGGUUCAAUAAGAACGUCAAAAAUGUCCUGCAGACUGCGACGGCCGAUGGUAUGGAUUGGAAGCGGGCCAUCCGUGAGUUCCUAUUGUCAUAUAGGUCCACACCCCAUUCCACUACGGGCAGGUCACCGGCGGAGCUGCUGCGAGGGAGGCAACUGCGCACCAAGCUGCACGCGGCGGCUGAGCGUCGUCCGGUGGACGACUCGACGACGAGGGCGCGGGUGGCGACGCAGCAGGAAAAGCAGAAAAAGUACUUCGACCUGAGGUAUGGUGCCCGGCCGAGGGACUAUGAAGUGGGAGAAUGGGUGAGGUUUAGGCUGGUGCCCCGCCCCAGGAAAGGUCGGCAGGCCUUCUCGUCUCCGAGAAUGGUGAUGGAAAGGAGGGGACGUGUCUCAUACAAACUCAGCUGUGGGACAUUGGUGCACGCUGAACGACUAACCCGCUCCACAGAUCCUUCGAGCGGAUCGCCGCCAGCGAGACGGAGUGAAGUCGGCGGUUGUCCGUCUCCGGCAGGCGGCGGCGGAGGACCGCCGUCUCCGGCGCGCGGCGACGGAGGACCGCCGCCGUCUCCGGCGGGACCGCCGCCGUCCCCGGCGCGCGGUGAGGGGUCGUCGUCCCCGAUACGUGGCGACGGUGCGCGCGGUGAGGGGUCGUCGUCCCCGAUACGUGGCGACAGUGCGCGCGGUGAGGGGUCGUCGUCCCCGAUACGUGGCAACGGUGCGCGCGGUGAGGGGUCGUCGUCCCCGAUACGUGGCAACGGUGGGGGACCGUCGUCCCUGGCGCGUGACGGUGGGGAACGGCGAACGCGGUGUGGGAGACGCAUCAAGACACCAGCGCGUUUCCGUUAAUGGAGGGGGGAAAAUGUAGUAACUUGGCAGUGAACUAAACGGCAGUGAUUUAACGACCAUGAAUUCAGUUGACCUUGGCCGAGAUGUUGUCGGAGCUUCAGUUUUGUAAAAUACACA